UCCUGAGGGCAGGGUCCAGGCUGUUCCCUCAGCGCUGUGAGGGCUCAGCACGCUGCGUGGUGCCCAGGAACUUUGUAGGCUGGUGUGUGGUGGGCGAGGUGAACGCAGUCCCGUCUGCCAGCAGCCAUGGAGGGUGGGCCUGAUUCUGUCUGCGUGCUGGGCAUAGACCUGGGCACAACCUCCGUGAAGGCUGCCCUGCUGGUGGGGACAGAGCAAGGGCAGGUGGUGGCAGAGAGCUGCUCCAGAGAGACGCAGGCCUACACCAGCAGUGUGGAAGCUGGACUGCAGGGUAUGGAGCAGGACAGCGGGAGGAUAAUAAGAGCCCUGAAUGAAUGCCUUGCUGCUCUACCUCAGCAACAGCUUCAAAGAGUCAGUCACAUUGGCAUUACAGGGCAAAUGCAUGGGAUUGUGUUUUGGAAAAGAGAUCAAGGUUGCAAGUGGACGGAGGGAGGUACUGGCCCUAUCUUUGAGCCAGAGGAAGUCAGUCAUCUGGUUACUUGGCAAGAUGGCCGCUGCAGUCCUGCCUUCCUCUCUUCUCUUCCUCUGCCACAGUCACAUAUCAGCUUGGCUACAGGAUUUGGCUGUGCCACCAUCUACUGGUAUUUAAAGAAAAGUCCAGACUUUCUGAAGUCUUACGAUGCAGCUGGUACUAUCCAUGACUAUGUGGUUGCCAUGUUGUGUGACUUGAAGAAGCCACUCAUGUCUGUCCAGAAUGCCGCCAGCUGGGGAUAUUUUAAUUCCAGAAACAAAAGCUGGAAUACUGACAUAUUGAAAAAGUCUGGCUUUCCUGUUCACUUGCUUCCAGAGGUGGGAGACCCUGGCAGUAUUGCAGGCAGGACAAUCAGUGCAUGGCAUGGAAUACCCAAGGGAACAAAAGUGGGAAUUGCUCUGGGAGACUUUCAGUGCUCCGUUUAUUCCUGUCUGACUGAAAGAACUGAUGCAGUUCUCAAUAUCAGCACCUCUGCUCAGCUGACUAUCUCAAUGCCCUCGGGUUUCCAGCCUCCGGAGACACCGGAUCCUUCCUCAGCUGUCACUUACUUUCCUUACUUUGAUGGUGACUACUUGGCAGUGGCAGCAUCACUUAAUGGGGGCAAUGUGCUAGCAACAUUUGUGAACAUGGUGGCACGGUGGACAGAAGAGCUAGGAUUUCAGAUUCAAGAGUCUGCCAUCUAUGCAAAGAUAAUCAAAGCAGCCUUGGACCAAAACGACAGCCAUCUCUCAGUCCACCCAACCAUAUUUGGAGAGAGACACACUCCUGAGCGGUUGGCUUCAGUGACCAGCAUUGCUGCCUCUGAGCUCUCCCUGGGCCACGUAACCAGAGCUGUGUGCAGGGGCCUCAUUGAAAACCUCUGUUCCAUGCUGCCAGUGCAGCGCCUGCUGGAGACAGGAGUGCGGAGAGUUCUGGGGAGCGGCAGCGCUCUUGCCAGGAAUGAGGUGCUGAGGCAGGAAGUGGAAAGGAUUUUUCCGUUCCCUGUGGUUUAUGGGAAAGAUGUUGAUGCUGCUGUGGGGGCUGCCAUGGUGAUGUUCCAGGGAAAAUAAAUUACUGUUUGGAAUGGCCUGA